UACAAGCACUUCCCCAUUAAAAAAAAGUUCACACUCACAUACACAGAUGCCACCACAAGUAGGGACUCACAUCGCCUUAGACCUGACCGAGGGAGCUUACAUGGAAUAACCUGAGAGGAGAAUAGUGAAGAAAAUGGACAUACUAUGACUUUUUUUUUUUUUUUUUUUUAAGUUUUUUAAAAAUAAUAAUGCAGAUGUUUAUUAUGCAUAGCCAGGUUUAACUAUUUGAUAUACUUUUUUCCGUACAUGGUCAAAGUAUCUGAGCAGGAUAUAGGCCUAAAUGUAUUUUGUGUUUUAUUCAAACGCACAGACGCACCUGUGUGGAACUGGAGUUCAAUGCACAUCAGGAAGUUAAAGGACCUUCCUGCAGAAAUAUCAACGUAUCUCCUCGGUCCUGAUCCAAUCAGAAGACUAAUCCAUCUGAAUGGAGUAUGCCCUGAUAUUUAAUGCACUGAUCCUAGUGUUGUUUCUGCUGUUGGAUGUCGUGGAGGAGUUGACUGCAGCCUUAUUGUGAUCCAAAACCCAAAACUCUGAGAGAACAGCAAACUCUCAUCCUCGUAUCUAUGUGUUAUUACAGUAGCUUUGGGAACUCUGGAUAUUGUCGGGACUGUUACCAGGCACUGCAUUAAACAGUUGUCAAACUCAUGGGAUCCUGCCCCUCGGGCGCCUGGGAGCUCCUCUGAGGUCUCCACUGCGCAUGACAGAGCGCUGGACAGCUCCAGAGAGGGAAAUUUAAAAACGGUUUUGGAGAAUCAAGUGCAACUCAGUGAAUACAGUACAGGAGCUCACACAGGCUCACACUAUCUACAAUAUCACCAAAAACAGAGACACCACAUAUCCCAGGAAAUGAUAGAAGGUGGAAUUACAUCCAGGAUGUCAGGAAUACUUGAGAAUGCUGGGCAUCAUCCGUCUCCACAAGACUACAGGCUUCUGACCACGGACCCCUCCCAGCUGAGGGAGGAGGACCUCCCUGGGGACCUGCAGUCUCUGUCAUGGCUCACCUCUGUGGAUGUACCCCGACUACAGCAGAUGGCUGAUAGCCGAGGCCACAGUAACGGGCCCUCCCAGGGCAGCCUGUUGGAGCAACAGACAGCUCAGAUGAACAGCAUGACAAUGACAGCGGGGCAGGGCUCCAUGCUUCACCUGCAGAGCAACAUGCAGCACAGCCCUCUGGGAAUCAGCAUCAUCAACACCCACAGUGGAAGUAUGUCUCCAUUCUCCAUGAGUGGGAUGCCCUCUCCAGGAUACCAGUGUCCUACCUCAGUCUACCAGCCCACACCCCAGCAGGUGUACUCUCUAACCCAAACUGGGCAACAGUGUGCAGCCAGUGGACUUUAUAGCAAUGUCUCUUUCAACAACCAAAGUCUAUUCACACAACCUCGCCUUGCUCCACAAGACCAGGAGCUGCAGCCCAAGACUUUCCCCAAACCAAUUUACUCCUACAGCUGCUUGAUUGCCAUGGCUCUAAAGAACAGCAAAACUGGAAGUCUACCAGUCAGUGAAAUCUAUAGCUUUAUGAAGGAACACUUUCCUUAUUUUAAGACAGCACCUGAUGGAUGGAAGAACUCAGUCCGACACAACCUGUCCUUAAAUAAAUGUUUUGAAAAAGUGGAGAACAAGACAAGCAGCUCAUCCCGAAAAGGCUGUCUGUGGGCACUGAACCCUGCCAAAAUUGAUAAAAUGGAAGAAGAGAUGCAGAAGUGGAAACGCAAGGACCUCCCAGCAAUCCGUCGCAGCAUGGCUAACCCUGAUGAACUGGACAAACUGAUCACAGACCGUCCAGAAAACUGCAGACGCAAGGCUUUAGAUCCAGCCCUGACCCGGCUUCCCAGCUGUCCCUCUGGCCUCCCGCUGCCUGUCCCGGCCCAGAUGCAGUCCCAGCCCAUAGUCACCCUGUCUCUGCCAUGUCUACCCAUGCACCAACACCACCAGCUCCAGGCCCAGCUCCAAGCUCAGGCCCGGCUGGCCCCCAUGUCCCCUGCCCCGGCCCAGACGCCCCCCCUCCACACAGUCCCAGACCUUUCCCACAGUCCGCUCACCCAUCAGCCCAGCAAGCCCUCUGAAGACUUCUACAGUGUCCAUGGAGACUCACACACAGAGGUGGAUGCCCUGGACCCCAGCAUCAUGGACUUUGCCCUUCAAGGCAACCUAUGGGAAGAAAUGAAGGACGACAGCUUUAACCUGGAUGCUUUGGGCACCUUCAGUAACUCACCCCUCCGACUAUCAGACUGUGACUUGGGAUCGGCGAGCCUCCCUCCUGCCUCCAGCGGAGCGAACCUGCCGCUGUCAGACGUGCAGGUGACGGGCCUCUACACCUCCUACAGCUCCCAGGAUCCCCUCUCUUCCCAGUACAUGGGCUCAGCUGCCAACAGCAAGCCGAUUGUCCUGCUUUAAAGCCACUGAAAAAAGAUGAGCUGAACUGUCUCUAAAACAUGAUUCACUCAACUGUCUGGAUUUCUGUGGAUGCCCAUUGAAGAAGUCUAAAGUUCAUUAUGUGAUACAAAGUACUAAUCAGUUGGAAUCUAUCUGAAGAGGAACACUUUUUUUUUGCCACGACCCACAAGAAAACAGAAGGCAUAAAUAGUGGUGGCUGUAGAAAAAAGUAUGUAAGACUAUGUAUGACUUAUAGGUUUUGACUUUGCCAAGCAAAGACUCAAAGCCUGUGUAAGUAUGAAAACUCUAUGUGGAGAAGUAUGUGUAUGUUAGUAUCCACCAGUUUUUCUGCGUUUUAAAGUCCUGCCAUACUGUAGCUCCCGGUUUCCUGUCUGUUUUGUAUUGUGCUAGACAUUAUUGCUGUGAUGUUUUAUUUAUAUUUAUAAAAGGCAGCUGGAGAAGGUGAUGAUUUUAUCAAUCUUUUGCUGUAUAUAUUUGAAUGUCUCAAACUGCUAUUGCCACAGAAAAGCUUUCUUUCAAUUGUAUUUACCCACUUCAUCUCAUUAUACUGAUGCGUGCCAACACAAAAAUGAGCCAUUUAAUCCAGAUUUUACACAUUAUUCAUAUUCGCAGUGGUUUAACAUGUAUGACAGUUACAUGUAUAUUAUGUUCAUUAACUUGAUCAUAAUAAAAAUCACAUGGGUAAAUAAA